AGCUGCACAUUGUCACGGCAUCAGUCGUUCAUCCGAGCAACAAACAAUACAGACCAAGAUGUUCAAGCUGGUGGUAUUGUGCGCUUUCUUCGCCGCGGCGGCCGCCAAGCCCGGUGCACUCAUCGCGGCUCCCAUCACUCAGUACUCGACCUACGUGACUCCUGAUGUGACUACCAUCACACGACAGGACAGCAGCGUGAUACAUCCAUCGCCACUCUUCUACCAAGCACCUUUGGCGUACACUCACUUCAUCAAGAAGCGUUCGCCACAGUUCCCUCUGACGUACGCCGCUCCUGCUACCUUCUACCCCAACUACUUGGCCGCCACUACGUACAACACGCCGUUGAUCCAGAGCCCUCCCUCCAUCCUGCCAGCGCCCAUCGCACCCAUCGCGCCCGUGCCUGCCGUGCACCUGAUCAAGAAGAGGUCCGCGCCUUUGAUCCCAACGACAUACUUCGCGCCCAGCACCUACGCCGCCACUACUCCCCUUGUAGCUUCCACUUAUACCGCGACCGCCCCUAUUUACUCACACGCUGCCCCCCUGCUCUCUCAGCCCAUUGCUAUCUCCCAGCCUCUUGCUUACGCCCACCUUAUCAAGAAGCGUUCUGCUGCUCUGUUGAACACUUUCGUCGCCCCUACCUCUUACUCCCAUCAGUCAAGAUUUGAUCUGCAGGCAACCCACACUCCCUACUCAGCCAUAUCCUAUGCUGCCCCAUUCACCUACUCCAACUCCCUUGCCUACUCCAGCCCGCUCGCUGUAUCUCAUUUGUACUAAGUGAGUAUUGAACGGACGACAUCGCAAUGUCUAAACCUGUCUAAAAUCUCCACCCCUUGUAAAAUAGAAUGAAUCUAAAAUUAUCCAUACUUGAAAUAGUGGUUUAAAUGUACAUAAUGUUCAUCACAGACUAAAUAUAUUCUGGAUUUUA